UGCGAUCUGGGAAUAUGUGUCUCUGAUGUGAUCCCGACAGGAGGUUCUGAGCUAAAUUGUAACCACCCACUUGAACCGGAACCUUUUCAAGCUACAACUGUGUUGCCUUCACGAUCAUGUGUAUCGCAGAGCUUCAUUUACAUUCCCUUUACACAACUGAUAAAAACGACGAUGUCUCCUCCUCAUCAAGCAUGGAUGAUUUAAAAAUGAACGUUAGUCAUGUUCAAAAGCGUGCUUAAUGCGUGGUCUUGGCCGACUGUGGAAGCUUAAUUGAUUUACUUAGAAGAAGGUAAUUGCAACAUUGUAACGCAUUGGAAAGAUGGGGAGCACGACCUCUUGCUGUGUGUCUUCAAGUCCGAAGCUCCGAAGAAAUGCUCAUUCGAGGCUGGAGUCGUACAACACCGAGCCGGAGUUGAGUAGGGAGGAUACGGGCUGCAACCUGCAGCACAUCAGCGACCGAGAGAAUGUCGACGAGCUGAACAUGGAGUACAACCCCUCUGACCAUCCUCGGGCCAGCACAAUAUUCCUCAGCAAAUCUCAGACGGAUGUGGAGUUGUCCAGCAAAAGUGUGCGUGAAAAAAGAAAGAGCCUCUUCAUCAAUCAUUUAACACACAUUGACGAGUCAAAGCAUGGAUCAACUAGAAGAAAACACAGCUCCUGUUCCACCAUCUUCCUGGAUGACAACACAGUCAGUCAGCCCAAUCUUAAAUUCACCAUUAAAUGUGUAUCUCUUGCAAUAUAUUACCAUAUCAAGAAUAGGGACACAGAUGGAGGAAUGCGGCAAGACAUUUUUGACGAGAAGCUUCACCCUCUCUCGAAAUCUGAAGUGCCGUCUGACUAUGACAAACACGACCCCGAGCAGAAGCAGAUCUACCGCUUCGUCCGGACGCUGUUCAGCGCUGCUCAGCUCACUGCAGAAUGUGCCAUUGUUACACUGGUGUACGUUGAAAGGCUGCUGACGUAUGCAGAGAUAGACAUUGGCCCAGAGAACUGGAAGCGUAUGGUACUGGGAGCCAUUCUGCUGGCCUCUAAGGUCUGGGAUGACCAGGCUGUUUGGAACGUAGACUACUGCCAGAUCCUCAAAGACAUCACCGUGGAGGACAUGAACGAGCUGGAGCGUCAGUUUCUGGAGCUUUUGCAGUUCAACAUCAACGUUCCAUCAAGUGUUUAUGCCAAGUAUUACUUUGACCUGCGCUCACUGUCAGAGACCAACAACCUGAGCUUCCCUCUGGAGCUCCUGAGCCGGGACAAAGCCCAGAGACUAGAGGCGAUCUCAAGGUUAUGUGACGACAAGUACAAGGAUGCCAGGAGAGCUGCCAAGAAGCGCUCAGCGAGCGUGGACAAUCUGGUCGGGGUGCGAUGGGUCCCUGCCAUCCUUUCCUAACAACCAGGAACGUAGACCACACCUGAGACUGGGCCUGAGACUGGGCCUGAGACUGGGCCUGAGACUGGGCCUGAGACUGGGCCUGAGACUAGGCCUGAGGCUGGGAUAGAGACCAGCAUGGUAAAAUUCCCAAAAUUCCCAGGUUUUCCAGAAUACCUGAUUGGAGGAUUCCCGAUUUCCUGCUGUUUCCGGGAAUCAUCCAAUCUGGAUUCCUGGGGAAUUUUGGAAAAGUUACCCGAAUUCUGCAACCCGAACCUGGAUAGACAGACCGACCUUGUCACAGAUAGAUGCCUUCACAGUGCCUCCGCUCCUGUAACACAGGGAAGAGUUCUCAAUAGGACUGGUAGUUCACUGACUGUUAAGAGUAAGACAAAUGAAAGCUUCUUUGUGAUACAACAUAAAGAUGACUGUUAAGAGAUCUCAUGACAUCACAGUUUUCUGUGGACAGAAGCAGCCAGGUGACCAUCAAGACCAUCAGAAGUAGCCAGCCAACCAUCACUGUGGAAACAUUAGCUUUAUGCGUUGUAGCAGCAAACCAACAGAGAAGUUGUCAGAAAACAACAUUUCAGUGUCAUUUGACCUCUUUUCCUGGGUCGUACCAAACGAAAGAAAAAGGACUGAAACGGUUGGAUGAACUGAACUUGUCCAUUAAGAAACGGUUUCCGUUGAAAAGGUUUUGCUAUGGCGUGCACUAAUGAAUAGGAUCGUGGGUCCUAGACUGUCCAAGCUGGCGUGGCACGACGGACAGUUGGUUGCCUUUGGAGAUGGUUCUGUAACUUUUGGUGAAAGGGUUUAUAUUCAUUUUGUGUUCAUAAGGUUGUUUUCACUGCCUACUGCUAUAGCCGACCAAACCCAAGUACCUGCAGACAUCAUUUGAUCAGGGAAAACAGCAUUCUAGCUGUGCAGGCGUUUCUACUGGGGAUCUACAUUCAAAUUCCAGAAACAUUUAGUUCUUAAUGAACACAAUUAUUUUGUUCAUGUUCAAACAAAUUGACCAUAUUACUUUACUACCCACUGGGCAAAAACUGGUUGAAUCAACAUGGUUUCCACAUCAUUUCAACGAAACAAUUCAAUGUGAUGACGUUGAAUUAACAUGGUUUCCACAUCAUUUCAACAAAACAAUUCAAUGU